AUUGAAUACUACAGAGGAGUCAAGUAAAGUUUCAUAAAACAAAUAUGUCCAAAGAACAAACAAUCGAAAAAAAAAAAAAACCUUUUAGUUCCGGUCAGCGUCACCUUGGACGCAACAGCUGCGGUUGGAAGACAAGGGAUUUUUAUUGAUGGAUAUUACACUACCUUCUAAAUUUUAACUGUUGUUUUUGUUGCAGUGUAUCAAAUUGAGAAGGAGGAGUGAAGCUGUUAGAAUGGGAGAAGUGAAUUAUAUGCGAGAGGAGGAUGUAAAGCUGGACGCUGUACGGGCUAGAUUUUCUAAUGUUCUUAAAAGACAUUCAGAGCUAGCAGAGCGUCUUUCUAGGGACUCUGACAAGUCAAUUUUUGAGCGUCUCCAAAGGGAAUUUGAAGCCGCACGUGCUUCUCAAACUCAAGAACUUAGCUUAGAAGGUGAGCAAUGGAAUGAUGGCUUAUUAGCAACAACAAGAGAGCGGGUACAUAUGGAGGCUGAGAGAAAGGCCAUGCAAAUGCCAGGGGACACAACCCAGUUGCCAAUUCCAUAUCAUGACAAAAUUACCUACAAAGUUGGGAAUAAGGUUAUUUGUUGCUUAGAUGGAGCAAGGAUUGGCAUACAAUAUGAGACUUCAUUUGCAGGCGAAUCUUGUGACCUAUACCAUUGUGUGCUUGAGAGCAAGUCAUUUCUUGAGAAGAUGACUGUUCUGGAACAUACAGUUCCUUUUUUCUUGCCAAUACGUGAAGCUGAAAACGAGUUUCUCUCGUCAAAUGCAAUAAGAUUUAUUGACCAUGUUGGAGAUCUGUUGCAAGCCUAUGUAGAUAGACGGGAACAGGUUCGGCUUAUUAAAGAGUUGUAUGGAAAUCAAAUUGGCGAGCUCUAUCAUAGUCUUCCAUACCAUAUGAUCGAGUUUGUACUUGAAGAUUUUGACUCCAAGGUGACAGUUAGUCUGAGAUAUGCAGAUCUGAUCUCUACACUUCCCUCUGGGGUUAGUGUCCUGGCAUGGCCUAUGCACCAAUCCAAGAAAUCUUCUGAUACAAUUGCCUCUAAUCAGAAAGGAAAUGGAGUUGGAAGUCACCCUAUUCCGGCGCGUUUGACGUAUGCAGAGGAUGCUCUCCGGACCAUGAGUCUGCCCGAAGCAUAUGCAGAAAUUGUCUUGAAUCUUCCUCAAGCUCUGCAGGACAUGUUUCCACACACAAGCUCGACAUAGUUGUAGUUAUUCAUGACCUGGUCGCAUGCUGUGUAGUGAAUGCUCUGGUUGUAAACUGAAUGCUUUAUACAUGUAUAUUCAGAAAAUCCAGUGUAGUGAUCGUCUUUUUUUUGUCAACUCUUUAGUUAGUUCAGGACAAUUUGCCUAUGCUGUCUAUCCUAACGAUUAUGUUUUUGGGGAAAAAAUGGAAGAGAAGUCACAAUCAUAACAUUGUGCGAGAACA